AUGGAGUUGGGUGGAGUUGCGCGAACUCCGAUACGUCAACGAGAGUUGCACUUUCGCCCUUCGGAUAUGGUGAAAUCAGAGGUGUCAAUGCUACUAACGUCACUAAAAUGUGGUUAUCGGUCCAACUCUCGUUCCUAUCAGGACAAUGCCAAGAGGGCUCUCCUUGACAACCUUAUAUCCCUCCGUCGCACGUUGAACGCCACCCCAGAUCUGGACUCUCUUAACCCACUAACCUACUUAACUCCCUUCCUUGACGUCAUUCGUUCGGAUGCGACCACCGGUUUAAUCACUGGUCUUGCUUUAACAUCCGUGGAAAAGUUUCUUGCUUAUGGCCUUCUGGAAGUUCGCUCAGACAGCUUAUAUGCUUCACAGAAUGUCAUUGGCAUUGCUGCAGAGACGAUUGCGGAGGCUGUAAUUCAAGCUCGUUUCAUUCGAAGUCGUUUAAGUUCGGAUGAGGUUGUACUGAUGAAAAUUGUUCAUCUCCUUCGCACCCUCCUUCUCAUUCCUUCCGGAUGUCUUCUAUCCAACGUGAUGGUUGGUGAAAUCCUUCAAAAUUGUCUUCGAAUCUGUUUGGAGUCGCAGUUGUCGGAAUUGCUUCGACGCACAGCGGAACAGUUUCUCGCUUCGAUUGUUCAGUUGUUCUUUUCUCGUCUGCCUGCCCUUCUUCUGACUGAUGAAACUAGUCAUCAGCUGGGGGUUGAUGAAGAAGAGACUUUUCGCAUAAGCGAUGAGGGGUCCUCACGGAAAGGAAGUCGAAGACCAACAAUACAUACCGAGACGUCGCUAAUGGGCGAAAAUCCGGAGAUUAAUCAAGAGGUUAAAACCGAGGAGUCACUUCAACUCAACCUUUUUCCGUGUCAGCGCAUAAACUACCCCUUCGUCGAGUCACUUGCCAAAGAUGCGAUAUACAACAGUCCAGAGGUGUUGUCUCGAGUCUACAGCUUAACUGUGGUGGAUGCAGUCCUCCAGAAUGGAGGCACCGUUUGGGGCAGCACAGAGCGAUGA